AUGUCGGAUGAAGGUGAAGAGUUCAAUAACAACCUGGGCGAACAUCGGGAAGAAACGAUGGAACCGCGUCAGGAGCUCCAACCACUCAAUUUCCUUGAUAUUCCUGAGGUGCCGCUGACAGACUGGGACACGGAAGUUACGAAUGUUCUUCUGGUAGGUUAUACCAUCCACAGGGGUGAUUGAAGAUCUCUUUGGAUAUCUCGAAAUUCGCCCGAAAGAUAAUAUAAUUUUUCCAGGAGUCUGUCGAAAGAAUCGGACAUCUCGAGAUUGAGACUGAAAAGAUCAACGAGAAGUUGAGUGAGGAAGUAGGAGAUCUCAAAAGUGACGUGGACGAGGUGAAGUCCAAAAAUGUCGAGCUCAACAGGAAAUGCGAGCAGCUCGAAAUUAAAAACCUCGAGUUCGAGAAUGAUGAGAUUCACCAAGAAGUCGUACAUCUCACCGUUGAGGUUGAAAAGCUCAAAACGGAGAAUUUCAAGCUUAAUGAUAAGGUCGAAGAAGUGAAAAGUGAGAUUAACAAAGGAGUCGGAAGCCUGAACCUGGAAGUGGAGCCCAUCAGAUUAGAGCUAGAACAGCUUUAUUCCAAUUUCGAAGCUCUCUCCACUGAGCACAACAAAAUCGACAAGAAACUGGACGUUUUGAGAAAGGAAGUGACCGAACUUCGCACUCAAAUCACGAAUACAUUUGCAAAGCCAAAAAGAGCGACGUCAAUCAGCACUGUGGAGUGGGGAAGAUCGUAUUACGAGCAAUUGGUAAGUACAUAGUUAUACAAUAGAAAACACCGAAUUUCUCUCAUUAAGGAUCAGGAUUCCGAGCCGCAUCUUUCACUCGUCGAUAUCAAUGCCAACAGGAGAUUGAAGAAGAAAAAGUCGGUGACAUUCUCCCCGAGUACUCCAAUAAUUGACAAGGAAACUCUGGGUUUCUACUCGAGCACCGACAGCUUGCGGCCGGGCUUCAAGACGAAUAAGAAGCAGAUGAAAGGAAUCCAUCCGGAUUUCCGAAUCGAAGUGAUCGCAGAAAAGGACAAUGACAUGGAGAAGGAGAAGAAAAAAAAGAAGAAGAAGAAGAGUUGCAAAUGGAUUUGGUAAGUGGAAUUGUGCAGCCGAAAUGUGUAAUUUUGGUUCAGCUGCUUCUCAAAACAAGUCGUCAACGAAUCGGAUGGCGAUGGAGAGAACUGA